AUGGUGAACAAAAGUGGUGAAUUUUUUCGUUUUAACUGCGUGCAAUUGGAACCACUAAUGAUGGCAAUGAAGAAGGUUUACGGAAGACCACAGACAUGGAAUAAAGAGUUGCUUGGGAAAAUGGGCAAAGAAUUUGUUCAAUGUCUUUCUCCCGACGAUCUCAAGGAUGCGGCAAAAAAUAAAGACGUCUACAGAUCAUUGUAUGUUGAAUUUUUUUUCAGACUAGGUAAUUUACGAGCAUCUUUAUCGAUAAAAGAACUCGAUGAGCUUUCUAAUGAUACACUACGAAAUUCCAUCAAAGAAUUUGGUCAAACUUUGCUUCCUCCAUACAAGAAUGCCAGUGGUUUAUUGGCAGGCAUAGAAAGUGCAGGACUCAAUGACAUCAAUAAUGAUGCUUUAAUUAAAGCACUACCCGAAAUAAAAGAUGUUGAUUUUCCGUCACAUAAAGGACGAAUAUUGGCAAAGAAGUUGCAACAAAAAAUGGGAGAUGCUAAUCAAUGGAACGUGAGCAUCGUAAAACAAAUGGGUGGACUCGUAAGAGAUCUGCCAUCGUCAACAUUAGAAAAAUUGAAUUCACGUCAAGCAGAAGAAGCCAUUUUGGUCUUAAGAACUAAACAUAAUAUACCGAGGUCAAAGAAGCGCUUACUUGCAGAAAAGGCUGAAACGAUAGCAAAAAGACUUAUUAAAGCUUACGAAUCUCGUGAUUCAGAGAUGACUGUGACAGAUAUGGCCUCACUUGGGGAUUUUCUUAUCAAUGUAUUUGAAAAGAUAUACGACAGCACUCCCCUGGAGACAGCAAAGGAGGCCGUACAAAUAGUCGGAAGUAGUCGACUCCUACCCAGAUUAACGAAGUCUGCGCAAAAAACAAAGGCAGAACUUGCUCUUAAAAUUUUGGGAAAACAACCUUCCACGAUGACCAGUGAAGACUUACAAGAGAUUGGUUAUUUGAUGGGAGGACUUACUUCUGAACAAAUCUCGGAGAUUGCAUCUGAAGCCUUUCGUGAGGCUAUGACUGCAUUGGGUGACCUAGAUAAACUUGAUAGUAACACGACAAUUGCUUUGGCAUCCAAAACACUCGCAGUUUACGGCGGUGCGUCAUCUCUCACUGACGAUGUGCUUUAUUACAUGGGACAUAUCGUUAAAGGUUUAAGCAGCGCUGAUAUUGCAAACAUUCCAAGCAGUGUGCUCCAAAAUAAUUUGCACGUGUUUGCCGAAUCAUCUUUGAGUGUUGAUCAAGCUUUAGCUGUGGCUCAGAAAGUUGCAGGCGCAAAGCGAAAACGACGUUCUUUAGGUAAGUAUACUGGAGUUAGUCAGCUGUUAACAUUUGCUAGGGCACAUUGUUUACCUUUAUGUACAGAUGUGUCAUCAAAGACAGCAGCAGAGCUUAUUGCCAUGGGAGCCACGUUGCUAGCGAUAGCUCCAGAUCAAAUUGCGAUGAUCAGCAGCGCAAUAUUCUUGGACGCUGUAGCUGAAAUAAGUCGGAUACAAGGAUUUAGUAUGGCUCAAUUACAAGCAUGGGCUGCCAAAGCAACUUCGGCUAUGGGAGCGCCAGCACAAAUGAUCGAAGAUCACUUGCUAGUGCUAAAUGAAUUUGCAAAAGGUUUUACGGCAGAUGAACUGGGACAAAUAUCUUUCACAUCAAAUGAAGUAAUAGAAAGUUUUGGCAGAGUACGUGGUUAUGACUCAACACAAAUCAAUAAAAUGUGGAAGGCAGUAAAAGGUGGAAGAUCCAUGUCUUCAUUCAAUGGUACUGAUCUCGCUGUAUUGGGAGUGAUAGCAUACGGAAUGACAACAGCUGAACUUUCAACUGUGGAGCUUACGGCUUAUCAAGACGCAGCUUUAGAACUGGGUCGGCUUGACAAGUGGUCAUUAGAGAAGUUGUUAAUCUUAAAGGAGAAAGCAAUUCAGUCAUUUGGCACAGUUCGUACAUGGACACCAGCUGAGAUGAGUGUAGUAGGGAGUGUUAUAGGUUCCUUCAAUGCACUCGAAAUUAAGAAUAUUUCAAAAGAUCAAUUAGAUGCAAUUGCAGCAAGUCAUAUCAAAUUGAUUCCACCCAAUGUUUUCAAGGAGUUUUCUACAUCACAAUUACAGUACUUUAAUGCAGAACAGAUAGCCGCAAUAACAAUGGAACAAAAAGCAGCAUUGUCGACAUCACAGAGAAAUAUCAUCACGGAAACUGAAGACGAAGAAGAAAAAACGAAUUCUGGUUGCAAUGGGUUACUUGGAAUUUCACUUACAUUUCCGACUCUCAUUCAUGAACUGUUUUUUCAAAGAGUGUAAUCACACGAAAUUAUUGUUCAUUAUUUUCACACAUAAUUCUCUUUAUAAAGCUGUUUGAAUUUACUGUUUACAUUUUCGAAAUAAAUCGUAAUAUUAAUUG